AUGGCACACAUAGCGACGCUGGCAGAACCAGAUGGCUUCCGAAGCACAGGGACAACCGUGCUACACCCACUGAAGUCAAGAGGCUCGGCCGGGUCUCAGCUACAUUCUCUGAACGAUGAGUUCGACUUGCUGCAAGAAGCGAAAGACGCCGAGCUGGAUCGCCUCGAGCAGGAGCUCCAGGAAGCCAACGAGGAGAUCCACACCUUGCGCUUGGACGCCGAGGAAGCCGCUGCUUUGCAUGAGAACGAGAUCGCCGGGCUGCAGGAGGAACUCUGCCGGCUGAAGGCUGAGCUGGAGCGGGUGCAGCUCGUCCGGAAUGAGUACGACCUGGAGAUGACCUCCUUGCGGGCUGAGAUCAACAUGAAAGAACCGGGCACCGGAGACAGCCAGCAACCCCCGGAAGUGACGGUUGUGACACAUUAUGACGACCAGAGUUCCAGUUCCCAGGAUGAAAUCACCAGGCUCCAAGAUGAGCUCCAGUGCUUGCGGAAUCAGUACCAGGACCUCAGUGACGAGUACCAGAUCUUGCAGCAGAGCAACAAGAUCAUGGUCCAUCAGCUGGAGAGAAUGGAGGCCUUGCACUACAGAUCCAGAAGCAAGCUGGACGACGCGCUGUCGCUGGAGACCGACUCGGAGGAACUAGUCGAGCGCUACUACUUCAGCAGCAAGCGUACUAGCCUGGUGGGGACCGGCAGCGUCUGCUUCAAGUCGGUGGAUGUCAUCGGCUACGGCGGCAACGACUACGAGGAGGACAACCGGAUGCCGAUGCUGAUGCCGAUACUGACGGAGGAACGGAGCACAUCCGAACUGCAGCUGCAGCUGGAGAACGAGGAGCAGAAGGUGGAGGUGGUCCAGGCCCAGUGCGACAGCGCCCAGGACACGCUCCGCGAGAUGGAGAGCAAGUAUCAGGUCAGCCGCGAGGAGUGGGAACGGCUUCAAGAGGAGCUGCGGCUGUGCAAAGAGGAGAUCGAGAGGCUCAACGGCACCAUCCCUGUCGGGGGACGGGUCCCAGCCGGAGGGCUGAAGCCGAUCGCCCUCUUCGUCGUGCUGGCGGCGGGGUUGCUCCUGUACCCCUGCCUGAAGAACGGCAGCGGCACGUCGCCACCAACCUGAGAAGCGGCCUCCCCCCCACUUUGGAGAGGACCACCCGCACCACGUGUCCCAGCCCGUCAGAACCUUGCAAGCACUCCACCUGCCCCGCCCCACCCGCCCCACGGCUCCCCCGUCCUUGUAACCAAGCCAGGUCUCCUGCUAGUGCCAAGGAGGUUGGAAUCUCUGGUUCUAGCCCCCUGGGCCUUCGGAGAGACCCACCGGAUCUUGUGGGUCCCGCCAGGACAACAGUUGUGUGCAAUUUUCUUCCAUAUGUAGAAAGACAAUUCCAGCACCAGCCACACACCCCACAGGUGUACGCUGAGCCUCACAAUUCCUGAGGCUGGAUUGCCCGGAUCUUGCCUCCCCCCGCCCCAGCUUUUCGGUCACUCUAGGUCUCGGCUCAUGCCUUCUACGUGCCCUUUGGGGUCACAAGCAGCAUCCGACCCUUGGGAGGGAAGCGGGAUGAGUGUUUCGGCCCGAGGCUCUCCUAGGGGAGAGGCCGGGCCGUCCCACCAGCAAAAAGCAGGGGCGCAACCCUUGCCCGGAACCCUGUUCCUCAUUUUACUCCUUGCGCUAACCAGAGGAGGCGCCAGAGAGCAACGUCUGGUGCACGGCUGGGGGGGGGGUUUCCCCGGGGUGGGGUGGGGGGGGUGUCUUGAGGUAUGCAGAGCAAUUUCUUUGGGGCAAUACCGAAAGCCUGUUUUAACACUGUGAACGGGAACACGGGCACGCAGCCACGAUCUCCUCAGGGGCCCCGAGCCGAAUGGAUCCACCCGCCGACCGACCGGUUCUUUUCCCUCGAGAGUUUGCUCCCCUUCCGUCCGUCCCCACACAGCCUGUUGCCUGUUUCUGCUGCCUUCCGUUCCCGCAGCUCUCCGUGUCGUCCGCCCUCGUCCGCCUCCCCGGUCUUAACCGUCACACGUGGCUGUGCCCCAGCCGUGGAUCUCUCAGCUGCGCGUGGCUGCAGCACCUUCAGAACUGACGUGACUAUUUGGGGAGCCGCUGGAGAAGACGACGAGGGAAGGGCACUUGCCUGGCCGUGGUUUGCAGCGACCAAAGCCCCAAUGAGUCACGGUGGGCAGGAAGCAGCAGAGGGUGGUAGGUGGCGUGGUUCGUGGGCACGAGAUCUCUGCCCUGCAUGUUUCGGGGUGGGGGGGGGUGUCCCUCCGCACCGUCUUCCCGCCCGCCGCCACGCCUGUCGUGUCUCGCUCCCGUUUCCCGUCGAAGAAGAAGCCGAUUGCCACAAAAGCCACCGAAGACUCUCGUUCUCUUUGUUCUAUGUUGUAACUCAGUAAAAAAGAUCUUUGUAAAUA